AUGUCCCUCACCCCCGAGGAGCAGCGCCUCUUCCGCCUCUACGGCAAGCUCCCCUCCCGGUCCGACCACUUCGCCAAGCACCUCAAGGACCGCAAGUACUUCGACUCGGGCGACUACGCCAUGUCCAAGGCCGGCAAGGGCGACGGCGUCGACGCCGGCGCCGUCGGGCUCCCAGCAACCCCGUCCCCCGAGAACAUCCCCCACCUGUCGAGCCCCGUCAACGGCUCCGGCGCCCCCUCGGGCGUCGGCGGUGCCAACGCCGGCGCCCAGAAGCACCACGGCAGCAUCGCCGCCGGUGUCUCGGCCGGCAGCCCCGUCAAGGAGUCGAGCUUCCUCAACCGCGAGACGAGCGCUGAGGGCGCCGAUGAGGGUGCCGCCGGCGGCCUGCCCGAGCCCCAGGGUACUCCUUCGCCAGCGUCCAAGACGGAGGGCAUUCCCAUUCGCAGAUAG